AUAACGUCGCCGCAACUGAGCCGUCCGUUUUCACGAUAUGUAGAGAGCUCGUGCCGGCCACACUCUCAGCAGCAAAAUCAAUCCCAAACAGCAUCAACCCUAGAGAAACAAGAUGUCAUCCUCCUCCGCCAUGAUCAGCACUAUCGGAGCUCGCUUUUCCUUCACUCCAUCAAUAGAAACGCUAAAGCAGAGAAACGUAGCGCUCUCAUUUGCGUCGGCACCUCACCGGCGGCGUCGUGCUGGGCUGCUGGUUAAAGCGGAGGUUGGCAUCAACCAGGAGAUCCGCAAAAACGAGGAUAAGGUCGUCGAUUCCGUCGUCGUCUCCGAGCUCUCGAAGCCACUCACUGCUUACUGCCGGUGCUGGAAAUCGGGGACGUUUCCAUUAUGCGACGGCAGCCAUGUUAAGCAUAACAAAGCCACUGGUGACAACGUUGGCCCGUUGCUGGUAAAGAAGUGAGAAAUUCGCUGUUUAGGCUUCGUUAAAGAGUAGUGGUUUGUUUCAGCCUUUUCUCAAAUCUCGUUAUUCUGUAAAUUUUUACUGGUUGUGAGUUCAGCUCUCCCCUGAAAUAAGUGUGCUUUAUCUGCCAAAUGGAAUUGAGCGCCGGUUCUAUAAAUUAAACGAGUUCUCAUCAAGGUUUUAUAGCUUUAUCAUAUCUGUUACUUCAUCGCUUGUGGAUCGAGAGUAGUGCAUGCCAAUCUUUGUUUCAAAAACAUG